AAGCACCAAAAAAAAGAAGAAGCCACUAAUUUUCAUAUUUGCAUUUACUAUCAAACCAAGAGACUGGAAAUUAAAGUUGUGUGUCUGUGUGUGUGUCCCUACUCCCUAGCUAGCUACCUAUAUAAAAAGGCUAAAUAAAACAUCACCAAUCCACAAUUCACCCCAAAACAAAUUUUCACCCAAUCAAUGGCCGCCGUGAGCUGCUCGGCCGACGAGCUCCUCCCCCUCUUAGGCGGCAACGCGACCGCCGCCGCCGCCUUCAUCUGCGGCCGCCUCUCUGCGGCCGCCGGCCAGCUGUCGACGGCCGCACACGCGGUAGACAGCACAUAUCUCCUCUUCUCGGCCUAUCUCGUUUUCGCCAUGCAGCUCGGGUUCGCCAUGCUCUGCGCGGGCUCCGUUCGGGCCAAGAACACCAUGAACAUCAUGCUCACCAACGUACUCGAUGCUGCCGCCGGCGGGCUCAGUUACUAUCUGUUCGGAUAUGCAUUCGCCUUUGGCGGGCCCUCCAAUGGGUUCAUCGGCAGGCACUCGUUUGGGCUCAAGGGCUUUCCACGGCCCGAUGCGGAUUACAGCUUCUUUCUAUACCAAUGGGCCUUUGCUAUUGCUGCCGCAGGGAUUACAAGUGGGUCCAUCGCGGAAAGAACCCAAUUCGUGGCCUACUUGAUUUACUCCUCCUUCCUAACCGGGUUUGUCUACCCAGUUGUUUCCCAUUGGGUUUGGUCCGGCGAUGGUUGGGCCGGUGCUGCCAGGCCCAAUGGCACCGGCCUCCUCUUCGGGUCCGGAGCCAUUGACUUUGCAGGCUCGGGAGUGGUCCACAUGGUUGGCGGCAUAGCGGGCCUAUGGGGAGCCUUCAUAGAAGGCCCUAGGAUCGGCCGGUUUGAUCGGUCAGGUCGAUCCGUGGCCCUACGCGGCCACAGUGCCUCACUAGUGGUGCUCGGUAGCUUCUUGUUGUGGUUCGGGUGGUACGGGUUUAAUCCCGGCUCCUUUUUUACCAUAAUGAAGUCGUACGACAAACGUGGGCCCUACUAUGGCCAGUGGAGCGCGGUCGGGCGGACAGCUGUCACGACCACACUGGCUGGAAGCACGGCCGCAUUAACCACACUGUUUGGGAAGCGGAUUCUGGCUGGGCACUGGAACGUGAUCGAUGUCUGCAACGGGCUGCUCGGUGGGUUUGCCGCCAUCACCUCCGGAUGCUCGGUGGUCGAGCCGUGGGCCGCCAUUAUAUGCGGGUUCGUGGCCUCGUGGGUCCUAAUGGGCCUCAACAAGCUUGCCGAGAGGGUUGGGUACGACGACCCGCUAGAGGCGGCCCAACUGCACGGGGGUUGUGGCGCGUGGGGAUUGAUUUUCACGGGUUUGUUUGCCACCAAGGGUUACGUGAAGGAGGUCUAUCCGGACAGACCCGACAAAUUCUACGGAUUGUUCAUGGGCGGUGGGGGAAAACUGCUAGCGGCCCAAAUCGUGCAGAUACUGGUGAUCGUGGGUUGGGUGACGGCUACUAUGGCUCCGCUGUUCGUGAUAUUGCACAAGCUGAAGCUACUUAGGGUCUCGAGAGAGGAUGAAAUGGCGGGCAUGGACAUGACGAGGCAUGGAGGGAUGGCUUAUAUUUACCAUGACGAGGAUGACGGUUCGAAUCUGCCGCAAUUCAAGAUGAACCGAAUUGAGCCGAGGGAUGCUCACACGCCCGACCAAUCGGGUCAUUCGUGAGAGGUUUGUAGUUAUAAUGAACAUAUUUAAGACAAAAUCAAGUGUAUUAUGAUGAGAAAUGGUUGAACUAGGUAGUUUAAGUAUACUUGGUAAUGUAAUAUGUAAUGGAAGUGGUUGUGUAAUACUCUACUAUAAGAAUGAAGUUGUCGUGCUAGCUCUUUUGACAAUUGAUGUUGAUUUGUAAAUGUUUUAAAGUACUGUGCUUCUCCCAUAUGGAAUAUUGCAAGGCAUGCAAGCAAUCAAUCUAAAUGCUUUGAAUAUAAUUUUUCAUUUGGUGGGAAAUGUUG